AUGAUCGACAAGUUAGCCUUCAAGGAGCGUCCUAAUUGGGCUAGGUUUCAAGAAUUAUUUGAUAUGAGAAAUUUUACUUUGGGCCAAGCCUGCUGUGCGCCGCUCUCCACGUUUCCUACCCGGUGCUCGCCCAGGUCCGUGUUCCCAGCCACUCACGCCACGGCCGCGCUCACCCAGAACCCGCAGUUCAAGAAACUGAAGACAUGGUACGAGCAGCACGGCUCUGACCUCAACUUGCGCCGCCUUUUCGAAGGGGACAGGGACCGCUUUAAUCGCUUCAGCUUGAACCUCAACACCAACCAUGGGCACAUUCUGGUGGACUACUCCAAGAACCUGGUGACGGAGACUGUGAUGCAGAUGCUGGUGGACCUGGCUAAGUCCAGGGGUGUGGAGGCCGCCCGGGAGCGCAUGUUUACCGGUGAGAAGAUCAACUUCACUGAGGAUCGGGCUGUGCUGCACGUGGCCCUUCGGAACCGCUCAAACACACCCAUUUUGGUGGAUGGUAAGGAUGUAAUGCCAGAGGUCAACAGAGUCCUGGAGAAGAUGAAGUCUUUCUGUCAGCGUGUCCGGAGCGGUGAAUGGAAAGGGUACUCUGGCAAGGCCAUCACGGACGUCAUCAACAUCGGCAUUGGUGGCUCUGACCUGGGACCCCUCAUGGUGACUGAAGCCCUCAAGCCGUACUCUGCAGAAGGUCCCCGGGUCUGGUUUGUCUCCAACAUUGACGGGACUCACAUUGCCAAAACGCUGGCCACGCUGAACCCCGAGUCCUCUCUCUUUAUCAUUGCCUCCAAGACCUUCACCACCCAGGAGACCAUCACGAACGCAGAGACGGCGAAGGAGUGGUUUCUGCUGUCGGCCAAGGACCCUUCUGCAGUCGCGAAACACUUUGUUGCCCUGUCCACCAACACUGCCAAAGUGAAGGAGUUUGGAAUUGAUCCUCAAAACAUGUUCGAGUUCUGGGAUUGGGUGGGAGGCCGCUACUCGCUGUGGUCAGCCAUCGGACUCUCCAUUGCCCUGCACGUGGGAUUUGACAACUUCGAGCAGCUGCUGUCGGGGGCUCACUGGAUGGACCAGCACUUCCGCACGACGCCCCUGGAGAAGAAUGCCCCGGUGCUGCUGGCUCUGCUGGGCAUAUGGUACAUCAACUGCUUUGGGUGUGAGACGCACGCCAUGCUGCCCUAUGACCAGUACCUGCACCGCUUUGCUGCCUACUUCCAGCAGGGUGACAUGGAGUCCAAUGGGAAGUACAUCACCAAGUCCGGCGCCCGUGUGAACUACCAGACAGGCCCCAUUGUGUGGGGGGAGCCAGGGACCAAUGGCCAACACGCCUUCUACCAGCUCAUCCACCAAGGUACCAAGAUGAUACCCUGCGACUUCCUCAUCCCGGUCCAGAGCCAGCACCCCAUAAGGAACGGUUUGCAUCACAAGAUCCUCCUGGCCAACUUCUUGGCCCAGACUGAGGCCCUGAUGAGGGGGAAGUCGACAGAGGAGGCCCGGAAGGAGCUACAGGCUGCUGGAAGGAGUCCAGAGGACUUUGAGAAGCUGUUGCCCCACAAGGUCUUUGAAGGAAAUCGCCCGACCAAUUCUAUAGUGUUCACCAGACUCACGCCAUUCAUUCUUGGAGCCUUGAUUGCCAUGUAUGAGCACAAGAUCUUCAUUCAGGGCGUCAUCUGGGACAUCAACAGCUUUGACCAGUGGGGUGUGGAGCUGGGAAAGCAGCUGGCUAAGAAAAUUGAACCUGAGCUUGACGGCAGCAGCCCAGUGACUUCUCACGAUUCUUCCACCAAUGGGCUGAUCAACUUCAUCAAGCAGGAGCGCGAGGCCAGAAGCUAAUAAACUCGUGCCCAGCAGUAGCCCCUGUUGUGACUGGUCCUUCUUGUCUGCCUGCCCAGAGUCUGCACUGCACUGUCCUGCCCAGAGCACCCUCUGGUUUUGGGCUUGGACCACAAGCCCUUUGGGGGAAGCUAGUCUGGAAUUGCCACCCCUGCCCUCUCAGUGUCCACAUCCUCUCUGUUAUACAGUUGGCUGAAGUGUUUCAGUGCAACUGAUUUUUCUGAUCUAUGUUUAUCUUCGUGUACCAGGAAGAAAAAUAAAUAUGUCACAAAGGAAAAAAAAUAAA